AUGGCAUCUUUCAAUUGCUUUGUUUUAGCAUUCGUGAUGGCUUUGUCAUUUGCAAGCAUUGAUGUUAUGGUAGCAGCUCGUCACCUUCUGCGGCUACCUCAAUUGCCUCCAAUGCCAACUUUGCCUACAACCACACUCCCCCCACUGCCAUCUAUCCCUAAUCUCCCACAGCCAUCCAUACCAGCAUUGCCAAGGGCUGGAGCGCUUCCUCCACUUCCUACCAUGCCUGGGUUGCCUACAUUGAAGUGAACCAAGGCCACACUGCCUCCUCUGCCAAGUAUGCCCACAAUCCCAACUGCAAUCCCCUCUAUUCCUUUCCUUUCUCCCCCACCUUCUCCUUCUACUCCUUGA